AUGAGCCCCCCAAUGCUGCAAGAUGCGGCUAGGCCAGACAUCGUCACGCGACAGAAGCAUGUUCAGCAGCCUAUUAAGCUAUUGACCGACCAGCUCGAGAUUCCAUCUCUAGAUGAUCGGAAAUACCAAGUGAUCCAGCUGGCCAACGGGCUAGAGGCGCUGUUGGUGCAUGACCCACAGACGGACAAGGCCAGUGCUGCUCUGGAUGUCAACGUAGGUGCCUUCAGUGAUGAGGACCGUAUGCCGGGCAUGGCCCAUGCUGUUGAACAUCUUCUGUUCAUGGGCACCAAGAAGUACCCGGAGGAGAACGCUUACAACGUGUACCUUUCAGCACAUUCAGGCAGUUCAAAUGCUUACACAGCUGCUACCUCCACAAACUAUUUCUUCGACAUUGCCGCCAAGCCAAGCAAUGGCGAGGAGCCUUCGGCAACGAACCUGUCACCGCUCCAUGGCGGUCUGGAUCGCUUUGCUCAAUUCUUCAUUGAGCCCCUUUUUCUCCCUUCAACAUUAGAUCGGGAGCUCCGUGCAGUCGACUCCGAGAACAAGAAGAAUCUGCAGAGUGACCAGUGGCGACUACACCAGCUCGAAAAAUCAUUCUCUAAUCCUAAUCAUCCAUAUUGCCACUUCUCCACAGGCAACUUUGAAGUAUUGAAGACGGACCCCGAAUCUGAAGGCGUCGACGUGCGGCAAAAGUUCAUCGACUUCCAUGCAAAGCAUUACUCCGCUAACCGGAUGAAACUGUGUGUCCUUGGCAGGGAGCCACUGGAUGUAUUGCAGAGUUGGGUAGCCGAUCUUUUCUCCGGCGUACCGAACAAGAACCUAGCACCGAAUCGCUGGGACGACGAGGUGCCGUUCAACAAGGACAACCUAUCGGUACAAUGUUUUGCAAAGCCUGUCAUGGACUCAAGGGAACUGAAUCUCUUCUUCCCGUUCCUUGACGAAGAACAUCUUUACGAAACUCAGCCAAGCCGAUAUAUCAGCCACUUGGUCGGACACGAAGGACCGGGGAGCAUUAUGGCCUAUAUCAAAUCGAAAGGGACGCCGGGUAUCUUUGACGUUCAGGGCCUCAAAAACUACCAGGAAGUGGUCAAAGUCUUCUUCCAAUACGUUUCGCUGCUCAGGCAAACCCCACCUCAGGAGUGGAUCUUUGACGAGCAGAAAGGGAUGGCUGAUGUAGACUUCAAGUUCAAGCAGAAGACACCAGCCAGCCGGUUCACGAGCAAGAUCAGCGCCGUUAUGCAGAAACCCCUGCCCCGGGAAUGGCUGCUUAGUGGGCAAAGUCGCCUACGGAAAUUCGACCCAGCACUGAUCAAGAAGGGCGUGGAACUUCUGCGUCCCGACAAUUUCAGAAUGACCAUAGUAUCUCAAGACUUCCCUGGUGGCUGGGAUCAGAAGGAGAAGUGGUACGGCACGGAAUAUAAGUCUGAGAAGAUACCGGAGGAUUUCCUGACUGAGAUAUCGAAGGCGAUGGAUUGCUCCGCGGAAGAUCGGCUCCCUGGCUUACACCUUCCGCACAAGAACCAGUUCAUCCCGACCAAGCUCGAGGUCGAGAAGAAGGAGGUCGAGAAGCCGGCCUUGGCGCCCAGAGUAAUCCGGAACGACCAAGUCGCCCGGACUUGGUACAAGAAAGACGACACCUUCUGGGUUCCGAAGGCCAACCUUAUUGUGAGCUGCAAGAAUCCUAUCAUCUUCGCUUCGGCCGAGAAUUCGGUCAAAGCGAAGCUGUUCACGGAUCUGGUACGCGAUGCCUUGGAGGAGUACUCAUAUGAUGCCGAGCUUGCUGGCUUGCAGUACAAUGUCAGCCUUGAUUCGAGAGGACUUUUUGUUGAAGUAUCCGGCUACAAUGACAAGUUGCCGGUUCUCCUGGAACAGGUACUCAUCACAAUGCGAGACCUUCAGGUCAAGGACGAUCGAUUUGACAUCGUCAAAGAGCGUCUGCUCCGGGGUUACAAAAAUUGCGAGCUGCAACAACCGUUUACGCAAAUCGGAGAUUACGUGUCCUGGUUAACGUCCGAACAUGACUACGUCGUUGAGCAGCUCGUUGUCGAACUGCCCGCCAUCACAGCCGAGGCUAUGAGCCAUUUCCACAAGCAAAUCAUGUCGCAGCUGCACAUCGAGGCCUAUGUGCACGGCAAUCUCUACAAGGAGGAUGCGCUCAAGUUGACCGACAUGAUUGAGUCCAUCCUGAAGCCGCGAGUUCUGCCUAAGGAGGAAUGGCCAGUCAUUCGAUCGCUGGAGUUCCCACCGGGAUCAAACUACCUCUACAGGAAGACACUGAAAGAUCCGGCUAAUGUCAAUCACUGUCUUGAAUACUAUCUUCAUAUUGGCGACAAGGGAGAUCGCAUGGUUCGCGCAAAGACACAAUUGCUGGACCAGAUCCUCCACGAGCCAGCUUUUGAUCAGCUGCGAACCAAGGAGCAACUCGGAUACGUUGUAUUCAGUGGCCUUAGAGGGUCCGCGACUACAUACGGUUUCCGUUUCAUCAUCCAGAGCGAGAAAACUUCAGAAUAUCUGGAGUCUCGUAUUGAUUCUUUCCUUGCUGUGUAUGCCACGUCUAUGGAGGACAUGAGCGAUGCCGACUUCGAGAGCCACAAGAGAAGCGUAAUAGUCAAGCGUCUCGAAAAGCUGAAGAAUCUGGAUCAGGAGACUGGGAGGCAUUGGUCGCAGGUAUCUAAUGAGUACUACGACUUUGAAGCAGCCCAACGGGACGCCGCCCAGCUCAAGCAACUCACCAAAGUAGAAAUGGUUGAAUUCUACUCAACCCGCAUCAAUCCUAAGUCACCGACACGGUCCAAGCUAAUUGUGCAGCUGAUUGCACAAGGGGCCAGCUCCGAGACCAAAGAUGCAGACGCCACGAAUGAUGACAAGACGGUUCCAGCACCAUCGAAUGGGACUGAGCCAGUCGUGAUCGAGAGCGUACGGGAUUUCAAAGCUGGACUGGGCACAACAGCCGGGCCCUGCCCAGUCAGAGACAUUGGCGAAUUCGAGGAUAUAGAUUCGAAGCUAUGA